GUUGUCCGGCCCGCCGUUGCUGACGCCGGCACCUGGCCAAGUGUGGUUCUGCCCCCGGUACUGACUUCACCUCGGGCCGGACCCGGAGAACGCUCCCAUUUAUUUUUGUUUGUUUGUUUUGCCGAGGGGCCUGCCGCAGCUGCCUGGCCAUGAAGGUGAAGAUCAAGUGCUGGAAUGGUGUGGCCACUUGGCUCUGGGUGGCCAACGAUGAGAACUGCGGUAUCUGCCGGAUGGCCUUCAAUGGCUGCUGCCCUGACUGUAAGGUGCCGGGUGAUGACUGUCCCCUGGUGUGGGGCCAGUGCUCCCACUGCUUCCACAUGCACUGCAUCCUCAAGUGGCUCCACGCGCAGCAGGUGCAGCAGCACUGCCCCAUGUGCCGCCAGGAGUGGAAGUUCAAGGAGUGAGCCAGCGCCCAGACUUGCUCCCACUCCAGCCCAGCUCUGCUUCCAGCCCCUACCUGGACUACAACACCCCCCCCACUCUAUGCCUCAGGCAUGGC